UACGACGUCAGAGCCGUGUCGUGAUCGCCGAGAGUUCGCUGUCCUAUCUGACACGGUCGGCUGCGUCUCCGCCAAUGCGCCUCCCCGUUCUCCCCGUGUCCUACUCCACUCAGCGUCGUGCGUUCUCUGGCUGACUUCCUCCGAGCGUCACACCGGCAGCGUGUGUAAAAAAAAGGCGUCGUCAAGCGGCGGCGUUUAACCGAACAGCAGCGAAAUUAAUCGGUAAUCGAGAAAAAAACGUGACGCGCGCGGCCUACGUGACGUGAUGCAGGUAGGUGGCGUUCUGUCGUCUGCUCAUGCAGACGCUGUGUUGCUGGUCAUGUAUCGGAGCAGCUGUGGACGCCGCUAUACUGCCGUAGACUAAUUUUGAUUUCGCACCGACUACUAAGUAAUCGCGUCGACCUAAAUAUAGCCGACUCGUGCUACAUUUACGUCACGACAAGACAGCACGUAGAGAGAAGUUAGCUCGUGAUGUCCGGACCUAUUACGCCACUGCGAGAUAGUCUUUUGCUAGUGACGUCACAGCGAACAGGAAUCUACAGGCCACGCCCCCUUCCGCAGAGGGCCUUGUCGACGUCAUCGCGGUCCCGCACGUGCGCUCGGACCCAGUCUAAGGUAAUCUCUAUGCGGCAAUGAUCGGGGCAUUCAAGUUGCAUCCGAAACUAUGUUAAGGACGACCGUGUAUGCUUCUCUAUGAGGCAUAAAAGUGAAGGUGAUAUCGGGAGGCGUGUACAAUUUCACGUCGGCCGGCGCAGUGACACGCAGUUGCUCCACUUCUGAUACAGUUGUGCAGGUAUACACGGCGUCCCGCACUCGCCUUUCGUGACGGUGCGCGCGGAUAUACGCAUAUAGUCUCAGCGGAUAGUUAUAUAUAUAUAUAUAUAUAUAUGUAUGCGCCUCAACGUCACGCACUCCUCUCAGACUCGUGUCUCGGAUUAGAGAGGACUGGUUGAGUCGUGCUCGGGCUCGUUAGCAACGUGUGUGAAUCGUGCAUGUAUAUCGCACCCCCGCGAUUGGAACCGGAACUGGUGCCGAUACACGACUACACGCGCGUGUAUUUCCCGCGCACGCACGCCGUAACUGGAAUAUAAGCAAGCAGGCGGUCCCGUCGUGUCCUAUAUGCCGGUAUUUCUCAGCGAUUGAAGGAGUCCAGUCGCGGCAUAGGACGCAAAAGGUCAUUAUGGCGAAUGGGUGGUUCGACGCGUUUCGCUCUGAAGGAGGGCCUACCCUCUACGGAGAGAACAGGACGUCCGUAACGCAAGAUGCUCUCCUCGUGGCGCUGUACAUUCUCUUCAUUAUGUUCAUGUUCGCAUUCCUCAUCAUCUUGCCUGGAAUCCGCAAAGAGAGAUUCAAGACGUUCUUUGCGGUCACUGUCAGCCUUUUUGUUGGGACUGUCAUUUUAGUGUGCACGUAUGGCUCUGAUUGGCACGUGGGAGAGGCUAAUAUAGCAUGUCCUUACAAAGCAUUUAGCGACAUCAAAAUAGAAGCAAGGGUCGGGGUAAAAAUCGGUCUGCGAAGCUUCAAUAUCACGCUACAUGGUGCACCACUGUCCACCGUGGAUGACCCGCUGUAUUAUAAUGAAAGGAUCAGCUGGUUGGGCCUUGAAGACGUAAAGACUGGCUAUAAGGCAGCGCUAGUCAAAGGCCUGCCUUACCCAAUUCUCACUGUAGCAGAGUAUUUCAGCGUGGAUCACGAGGGCUUUAUUUGGGGAAGGUGUUAUAGAUCCGCUGGCUACUACUCCUACAUGCUACUCUGGACGGCGUUCGCGAUCUGGCUGGUCGGUAACGUGUUGUUCUGCAUGGUGCUGAGGUAUGGAGCCUACAGCAUGAUACUGACCGGCGUGCUUCUGUUACUCACAAACGGUCUAUACUACAUGCUGCUGCCCAAGUACGAGCUGCGCAUCCACUUCGACUUGGAGGUCUUGCGAUUCAAACUCGGCUGGUGCUAUUGGCUCGUGCUGGCGACCGGAAUCUUGUGCAUUUGCGUGGGCGCCACCAUCGCCGUGGUGGACGCUUGCUCGCCGCAACACAUGUCCCUUAUCUUCGAGAUGGACAAGGAUGAGAGGAGACGCGAGUUUGAGGCUGGCCGAGAAGAGAUGGAGAGCAGGGGCUACGAACUCUCACAAUAUCCAGGACACACGCACCUCUACGAGAUACGACAGCGGUCAAGUAAAGCCCCAAAUGACCGCGUUAGGGAAGAGCCGGCUGUCGUUGUAAACGUCGGUGCACUAUGACCCGUUUAUUCGUAACGUAUCAAAAAUAUUUGCGCCCAGAAUAGACACUAGAGGCCGCGACGAUCGCAUGGACUCUGGCAAGCUCUAUCGCUGGAACAAUCAGAGCCCAGCUUGGCAUAUGGGUAUGAAGGUUGUGAUAAUGUGACUUCAUAGUUGGCAGUUCAUCACUCAAUGAAAUGAUAUGAUAUGAAAAACAUCAUACCAAAGAUAUGUCACGUGUAACAGUUUAUAUGUAAUUGUACAUAGAUUAACAUAUUAUAGCUAUACGAGAGACGACUACGACAGUUAUAUGUAUAUAUACUAAAUGCUCAUCGACUAAAGACAAAUAUAGGUCUUGUUAGUCACGUGGGCCACAUUUCACGUCGUUUUUAGAAUAUUCGCAAUUGCCAUCCGUGUGUUACUGUUAUCUAUAAGCAAAAGACAUGCGACUGUAAAGAUAAUAUUGCAAAACCAUUUUGGAUAUAUUAAAUGUGUUAGGAUAUAUAACGUGUCAACUUGACGCACCUUUCUAACUAUUCUCACUACUGAUAGAGUAAAAAAUUAUGUACCAUUUUUUCAACAGUGAAAUUUUCCUAACUGAACAUUCGACAUUACCGCUCUUUACUGCUUGGAAACAAAAUAAUAACGACAAUACAAUAGUAUACGUAAAAUCGACAGUAUGGAUGUAUUGGCCGUAUGUCUAUGUAUAUUAUCACGUAGGUAUAACCAUCUAGAUUGAGGUAUCUAGGUAGCUUACUACCUACAUCUAGAUAUUAUAAUCCUGCGUUUUGGCUGUUAUUUAUGCACGCUCCUGCUCUGAUUGUGUGAACUGCGGUCAGAAGAACAUGAGUAGUCGUCACGAAUCGUAGUCCGUGGGUAUACAUGAUAUCGAAAUACCUAAAGCUUACAAGUCCAAGCCCUAGGGCGAUUGCUAAGGCAAAUAAAUGUCGUGCAACGAUUCGCAUGCAAAUAAACAAAACCGCGUUUUUGCUUGACGAAAAUCAUAUUUAAACUUAAUAUCCGGAGGGAUUAUAGAGGACUAGUCAGAUUGAGAUUUCAUUUCAUUGCAACGUAUACUGUUCCGUUUGUUGUAGCUAUUUGUGGAUGAACGGGCAAAUAUUGAAGUGGUUAACCACGUUUUUUAAUGAACUUAGCUCUAUCUGGAAAAAAAGUAUAAAAAUUUCUGGUGCGGUCAAAUUCGUUAUACGAAAAUUUCACAUAUGAACUGUAAUAUCAAUGAAACAGUUGAGUCAUGCAUAUGUAUUGCAGUGACGCGUUGAUCGUUUAAGGUUUAAAUGUAUUUUCCACACCAAUGUGCUACACGGUGUCACUUGAGUAUUACGGAUAAGCAAUGAGCGUUUCAGUUCACGUAUAUUCUGCUCAGUGGUUAAGGAAAACCUUUCAAAUUGACUACAUUCAACAGCGAUAUUGAUUCUGACAGUUUUCAUCGAAAUCAAAUACGAAACUAGAUCAUUAUUCGAAGUUUGGUUAUGGUUUUCAUAUAUUCGAGUAUUCAUUAAGCUUAAAUAUAUUAUUUAGCUUUACGCAUACUUUAUUGUCGCGUAGUUAGCAGACUAACUGUGUAACGCGUCGCACGUUGUUUGACGACGCGUCAAUAAGUAACGGUCGUCAUUAUCGCCUGGCGCCGUGAGCGUCGUGCACGCACACGGCGCCACGGGCACGGUAUGGCGCGGUGCGUCGGGGGAAACGCCCCUAAAAUCAUUUACACACCAUGCCGUUCUUUUCUGCCGGGUUGGGAUCCGUAGGCAGAUCACGCGCGGAUUGUUGAUGCGGUGAACGAAAUAAUAGCGUUGAUCGCAUUGUUACGUUAAUGUCGCUACCGCGCGGCGUCCGUUAAACGAAGUUAACGGAUAUGACUUUAGCCCGUACGACGUCGUCACAAGGCCGUGUGUCAAUGGCGCCUGCGCCACGGAUAAUUAGCCAGCGGUCUGCUUGUCACGCAAAUGGAUGGGCCUCUAAUGGACGGUAUCCAUAGAAGUCUAUGUGUAAUUACCGCAGUCGACUGGUACUUGGAACCGCGGAUAGAUUCGUGACGAUAUUGGUUGAGGGCGUUUACAGGCCUGCGGCGUGUUGCCAUUUUACAGUGAACCCAGUGACGUGUUUCGCUGACUGCUGAAUGUUACCAGCCAGCGUAACUGCGACCACUGAGUGGUUGUGACCACUAGCUGUGGUGUGUUGAGAAAAUAAACAUUUAUUUUUAUGCAUGUA